UUGGUCACUCAAACGCAGUAUGCUGAAUUUCACCAGUUUUAUAUUGUGUUCUUUUGUUGUUCUGGGUCUUUAUGGAUCCCCAGCCAACUCCCAGGAAAGACCAGGAUCCAUUUGUCUGUUAAAGGACGCACCUCACCAAUGCGGUGCUUUUUGCCUUUCAGCAUUAGGUUCACUUUACAAUCAAAUGGCUGCCUUUAAGAAGUCAAUAUCCAAGGUUGAAAGUUCUCUGGUCCAAAUGAACACCCAGAUGGAUGGUUCAAUUUACGAUCAAAUGGCUGACUUCAAGACCAAGAUGCACAGCCAACAGGAGUCGCUAUUCAAAGUUGAAAGUACUCUGGUGUCCAGUAAAGGGACUUGGGACCAAAUUAACAUCCAGAUGGAAGGUCUACAACAAGGUCAAAAACAAUUGACGGAGGGUCUGAAUAAAUUGGAAAAUGUUUUAACCAACAAAGAGGAGAGAAUCGCUUCACAGAUGGAAGAUCUGAGAAAGAACUUUGACGCGAGGUUAGACAGGAUGCAAGACCAAGUAAAAGCGGGAUCUAAUAAGUUAGAGGAGCCAAAGGCAGGAACUUCGCUAAAAGCCAUUCCCCCCAAGUUUGAGCUGAUAGGCUCAAGAUAUUUUUACAUUGAAGAAAAUAAUCCUCAAAAUUGGACAACUGCUGCCAAUACCUGUCGGGAAAUGGGAGGUCAUCUGGCCUCCUUUAAGAAAGAAGACGAGCUAGACGCUCUUAAAGAUAGACUCCAUCGAUAUUAUAGAUAUUGGAUAGGCAUUAACGAUCACAAAGAAAAAGGCGACUUUGUGUCGUUGGCCUCCGGUAAGCCAGCCUUUUUGAAUUGGGCACCCUAUGAACCCUAUUACUUCGAAGCAGAACAGAAUUGCAUUUUUUUAGGGGUGUGCAGCAGCGGAGAACUAUGCAUGCUGUUAAAUCCGUGUACGAUUCCACUUAAUUUCAUUUGCCAGGCUGAUGACGAAAUUUAG